AGCAAAAGAAAGAGUGGGCAGCCACUCUGGUGCACUCUGGUGGUGCUUGCAGCAGCGUCACUGUUUGCUUGAUCUCCAAACAGUUCAACUGUGGCAUUGUGGCUCAUGCAAGAUUCAGGGAAAACACUGCAAACUGAUCCCAGUGGAUGGAUCUAAAUGGACAAGACUGGGUGUUCUUCUCUGAAACUUUUUUUCCCCCCUUGAUAUUUGGACGUUAUCCUUGGAUUCACAAAAGUGCUGCGACUCCAUGAACUAAUAUUGUUUCAGCUUUACGGACAGUUUGGAUACACCUCAUUGGAAAUCAUGUUGUUGCUGCCUAGACCAGGAGGACCUCCACAAACAAUCACACCUUUGGAAACAUGGAGAGCCCCCAAUGUCUUUUGAACACUCACAAACGAGACUUCCCAAUGUGUGAAAUGUGAGCAGUGGCAGCGAAGUGAAGAAUACCUAUUAUUUUGUGAGUAAAACUACAACAACUGAAUUUUGAUCAGAUUUAUGAUGCUUGUAAAAAGUGCACAUUUCAGUCUUUUGUUAACUUUGAGGUGAAAAACGAAUUUUCAACCAGUGAAUAAUGGAUGGAAACCUGAGCGCUUCAGCAUCCUUGGGGAUUAACGCAACAAAAUCCUACCAUGAUGCUGCGGGACCCUGGAGCCUCAUCAUACUGGUCAUUAUCAUACUGACCAUCGUGGUAGGCAACCUGCUGGUCAUCAUUGCUGUGGCGCGGACCUCACAACUGCAGACUACGACAAACAUCUUCAUCAUGUCCCUGGCGUGCGCGGACCUCAUCAUGGGGGUCCUCGUGGUGCCUCUGGGGGGUACAAUUGUGGUGACGGGCGACUGGCAGCUCAGUGACACAUUUUGUGAGUUCUGGACUUCUGUGGACGUCCUGUGUGUCACUGCGAGCAUCGAGACGCUGUGUGUCAUAGCAGUGGACCGGUACAUAGCCAUCACGAGGCCGCUUCGACACAAGGUUCUACUCAAUAAGUGGCGCGCCAGAGUAAUAGUUUGUUUAGUGUGGGUUGUGUCUGCCUUGAUUUCCUUUGUGCCAAUUAUGAAGGGGUACUGGCGUGCAGCAGAGGACCCUGAAGCACAGAGGUGCUACAGUGACCCUGCAUGCUGUGACUUUGUGACCAACUGGGCCUUUGCAAUUAUAUCUUCUAUAGUGUCUUUUUACAUCCCACUGCUCAUAAUGAUAUUUGUGUAUGCAAGAGUCUUUCUAAUAGCUACGCGGCAGGUCAAGCUCAUAGAUAGGAAUCGCAUGCGUUUCCAGAAUGAGUUCACGACAGCACAGAUACAGGUUUGCCCCCACAGCAAUACUAUCCUACCGUCGGUGUGUGUGGGUUCCUGCGGCGGCAACAGUGCAGUGAGGAGAAAGAGCAGCAAGAGAAGGCCGUCGCGGCUAAUACUGGUCAAAGAGCAUAAGGCCCUCAAGACUUUGGGUAUCAUCAUGGGGACCUUCACAGUGUGCUGGCUCCCGUUUUUCGUCGCCAACAUCAUCAACGCUUUUAACAGAGACGUUCCCCCCGAGAGGAUUUUCCGACUGUUGAACUGGCUGGGUUACAUCAACUCCGGCCUCAACCCUAUCAUCUACUGCAGGAGUCCAGAGUUUCGCACUGCGUUCAAGAGCCUGCUGGGCUGUCCGUGGCUGUCCACGCUGCGGCUCAAUACUCUCUACAAAGAGCUGCGGACUCGCUGCUCCUGCUUCCUGUGGCAGGCUGAGUCAGGCACAGCUGGCUCUUUCCAGAAGUCACCCACCAGUAGGACUGAGGGCAACGAGAGCCUGGCUAGCUCACAGGGAAGCAGCAAGAGUGAGGAGGCUUCCCCUGGUCCUCCGCAGUCCAACGGCAGCACACAAUUCAGUGACUUAUCAGAACCAGAGAGCAAAUCCUUCACACGGACGGAUGAACGGUAAAACGUCGAGCUGCCGAAGCAGACAAUGUUCUCCUGCGCUGUUGCGAUUCCUGCGAAGGGGCUGAGACCUAAACAUCAGCGCAAAAAGGAGCGGGAGACGAGCGCGACCACUGGCCCCGAUGAACGUAGACGAACCCCAAAGAGACGACUGGACUGUCUGCACAGAAGCAGGGGGGAACACGGGGACUGUCUCUGUACACAGGAGAUAGCCUGCUGUGAGUCGGCACUUCACAGACGUUAGCUGACACCACAGUUGAACUUCUGAAUGCUGUCUGAAUGAGACAAGUCUUAGCUGCAAGGAUUACAUGCAUUCCGGCAGGCCUUUGGACACAGUGCACGUGGCCUGCGCUUUCAAAAUAACAUCAUAAAAACAUCAUUUUGUAUAGUAUAUUAUCUGGUAAGUUAUGUAUUUAUGAUACACUGAAUCUGUAGCACAGCUACAGCAAAAGGCUGUCUCUGCUUUUCAUCGGUGUAAUUUUAAGCUGAAUCAAAAGGGCUGUGCAUCCAUAGACUCAACUCUGGUAUGUGUUGUCAGUCUUAUUCUUUCGGUUUUGGACUCUGUAUCAGUACAUGAAUUUAUUUAUCUUAAAUCCCCUGAGUCUACGUAUCUAAGGUUGAACCAAGGCUCUAAAAAAAAGGUCUGUUACAGUCCUAUCUCAACCAAAAUAAUUACAGUUUAAACAUCAGUAUGAAUCGUUACGCAAGGUAUAGUCCAACUGCAGGUGGACGUAGCAACAUCAGCUACCCUUUUUUUAUUUUUACUUUGGGGAGUGGCCAUGGUAUAAGCUCAAUAACACACUCUGAAAUGUUCAAAUAUAGAAAAAUAAUGAUAUAAUAAUGGACGUGACAUCAGCAUUAUUUUGCUGUGUCGGGACUCCUUGUCGUGUAUUAUUACUUACACCACAUCAUCUGUUGCAUUGAGAAAUAAAAUAUUAUAAAACUGUG